AUGCAAUCUCAGGAUGAAAUAACUAUUUUAUACAACGGUAAUAUUGAAAAUUAUCGUAUUAAAUCGCUUAAUGAAAAAUAUACAAAUGGAAGAAACUUUGAACUUAAAGUUUAUAAUUUUUUAAGACAAAAAGAAUACCAUGUGGCACUUUCUGAUAGCCAUCCAAUGAUUUCAAACUUCAGAUUUUUUUGGCUAACUAAUAAAAUAGCAUUACAAAUUGGAAAUUGUAGAAUCGCAGGAGAUGGAAGCUGUGAUAUUAUUGGUGAUAAAAAUGGAAUACAAAUUUUUGUACAAGCUAAAUUUAGUAUAACAGGAAAAUAUCCAAACCUUAAUAAAGCAUAUAUGGAAUUUGCAAACACUAUGAAAGCUCGAAGACCUACUAAUGAGAUAGGAAUUUUCGUUGUAUCAAAUAAUAUUAAUAUAGGAAAAUUAAAGAAUAUCACUUCAGCUGAACGUAAAAUAAUUAUUUGCCACUUCGAAGAACUAGAAGGAUAUAUUGAACAAAUUGAAGAGGAACAUAAUAUAGAAACGUUAAAGCUAUUCAAUGCUAUUUCUAAUGCAAACGAUUGUCUUAAUGACCCAAAUUCAUCGAGAGAAGGUUUAAAAAAUCAACUUAUUACAUUAAAAAGUUACUUGGAAAAUAUAAGUGGUAUAAAUAAUAACAUAAUGUCUCGAAACACAAGAAACUAUAUUAAUAUAAAAAAUCUGAAUAAGGUAUUAGAUAUCAGUUUUAAUUCUAACACGGAAGUUGUUUGGAACUGA